AUGUCUAUUCGUGUUGUGUCAUAUAAUGUGCUGGUGCCUAUUUAUGCUGAUCAACCAGAUUUUUAUAUUCAUUCUGAUCCUCGAUAUUUGAAGACAAAUUACCGAUGGAAUUUAAUCAAAUCUCAGUUAGAACAAGAAAUAACCAAUCAUCAGAAUACAAUCAUUUGUCUACAAGAAUUAUCCCGUACUCUUCUAUCAAAUUUUGAAGAACUCUUUAACAAAUAUAAUUAUACAUUACAUUAUUGCCUCUAUGGUGGACCACAUAACGAUUAUAUGGGUGUAGGUAUUGCAGUUCCGGCAUCGGUGCGAGUCAACAAGAGAUCGAUGAUCAAAAUUGGCAGUUACAUACGAUCUAUGACCAGACCUAGAGGAGCAGCCGCCAAUAUAAUUUCACAGAUAAGAUCCUUGUGUGAUCGCCUCGCUCGCAAGCCUUUCAAACAAUCAAUAGAUCCAUGGGAAAUUGCUAUGGCCAGGAAUAAUACACUUGUUUGCCUGCACGUCACUUUCAAUGGUAAAUCAUUUUGUAUUGGCACGUAUCAUAUGCCCUGUUUAUAUGACACUCCUGAUGUCAUGAUCAUUCACGUAUCGGUCGCCAAAGAUCUCAUGUUUCAUUUAGCAGAUGGUCAAGAUUUUAUUUUUACUGGUGAUUUCAAUAUCGAACCACACAAUGUAUGCUAUCGCAUACUGACUAGACAAGAUUUUUCCGACUAUAGAUUUCCUGCAUCGAACUCUUAUGAAAUCUCUUAUCGACCGCAUACUAAACAAAUCUUGAAGAGUGCAUAUCGAGAAAAGAAUAACAAAGAACCUGCAUACACGAAUUAUACACAUCCAUCUGGCAUGCCAUUGUUUUGUGAAACGAUUGAUUAUAUAUUUUUCAAUGGUCGUAUACAAGUGCAAAAUGUUUUGAAACUACCCGAUGAAGCUACGGGUAAAUCCUAUCCGGAUGAAACUCAUCCAUCGGAUCAUAUUAUGAUCGCGGCAACACUUCUUUUAUAA